UCGUGCUCGUUCGCCUGCCGCCGGCGGCUCGCGCCCGGCAGCGCCGCGGGGUCGCUGGAGCCUGCCGCAUCCUUUGUGCGGCGGGACGGAAUGAGAGCGCCGCGGGGACUCUUCUGUCUUUCCCGAACUCUGGCAAACAAUGGCCUGAGAAGGGACCAUGGAUUGAGAGGAGGGCGGCCAGCGGAGAAGUGAACUGCGCUGCGCAGUCAUGACUUCUGCCGUCGAGAUCAAGAAGCCACCAGUGGCCCCCAAGCCAAAGUUUAUGGUGGCAAAUAGUAAGUCAGUUCCACCUCCCGUGGCACCUAAACCUGACAUUGUGGCUUCUAGUAUUCUGCAGUCAACAAAGAGAACCAAACCAGCAAUAGCCCCAAAACCCAAGGUUGUGCAGAGCUCCCCUGUUAGAGACGCUGGGAAGGCACCACUGAGGAGAGCCACUGUGAGCCUGGAAGAGCAGAAGCAAGAAUUUCCUGAAAGCACUGGCAACUUUAAUGGCAAAAAUGGAGCAAGGCAGAGCAGUGAUGUUGUUUUACCAACGUGUUCCUGCAGUUCUGGUUGUGACGCUAAGCUUGGGAACAGAGAAGGUAAAUGUACAGAACAGGUUGUACCCGAGCCUGUGGAAAGGACUGAAAGUUUAGAAAAUAGUAAAACUGAUGGGGGUCAGUGUGAUUCUCCUGCUGAGAAGAGCAAGAGCCCCAGUGGCAGAGUUUUAAAGGUGGGCAUCCUAGAAGAGAGGCUCACUACACCAGGAAUGUCACCUUUCAGCUCCCCACGGCAGCCCAGAUGCACACACAACCCACAGGUGAAUGGGGGCUGGAGUUCAGGAAGGCAACCCAGAAUUGAAGUUGCAGAUUUGUCACCUUCUCUGUCCGGCCUUGAAAACAUGUCAGAUCAUCACACCUGCCACCAACAACUUCCACGCAGUGAAUUUCAAUCUUCUGGGUCUUGUCAGCAUAGCAGUGAGAAAGGCAAUAGCUGCCUUGACUCAUGCGAGCCACAAACAGUGGAAGAUGGUAAAAGUGUUUUUCUAUCUUCAGAUGGAUUGAAUACAAAAUCGGAAGUCACUGACUUUGGUCCCUUAGAAAUUCACUUAGUGCCUUGUACCCCCAAAUUUCCAACCCCCAAGCCCAGAAAGACACGCACUGCUCGUCUGUUACGCCAAAAAUAUGUAGAUACUCCUAGUGAAAGUGCUGAAGAACCAGGGAAUUCACUUAGUAGCUCUUCUUGUCUUAUUGAAGAUAAUUCAAAAAAUGAUAAAAGCAGCAUACUGCAUCAGCAUGUUGUGUGUAACCAGAGGCAAGUGGGUAAAGCACAGCCAGGAAGUAGAGGUGAGUCAAGCAGGAACUUCCAUAAUGACAAACAGGACUUAGUCAGUGCACAUAAAGCCAUGUGUCAUGAAACAUCUUCUGAAAAAGUGUCAUCUGCAUUAGAUAUGGACUCUAAUUUAAGUAAUGAUAAUAUGGAAGUAGAUGGUUCUAGGAUGUCACCCUCUAUAGACACAGGGACCAGUUUUAUCAGGUGUAGUACUGUAUCCAUGAGCCUGCCUAAGCAGCUUAAAUUAACUUGCAAUGAACAUUUGCCUACUGCCUGUAACUUAGGUAUGUCUGCCUCUCAAAUGCAAAAGGGACCUAUAAUAAAAGAGGGAAGUUCCUUAAGAAUUGUCCCCCCCAAACCUCAAAGACACAGCUUGCCUGCAGCAGGAGUGCUUAAAAAGGCUGCCUCUGAAGAACUUGUAGAGAAAAGUUCUUAUCCUUCAAGUGCAGAAAAAAAUUCACAGAAGCUUCUAGAAAGAAAUCACCUUCAGCAUUUGUGUGCCUCAAACCAUGGUAUGUCAUCCUCCUUUGAUAUGCCUAAACGAACUUCAGAAAAACCAGUGUGGAAAUUACCUCAUCCUAUUUUACCCUUUUUAGGGAACCCUGAGUCCUUAAAGUCUGUCACUAUAUUCCCAAAUAGUGAAUCUUCAACUGCCUUGACCAAACCUAGAGCAAAAUCCUUAUCUGCUGUGGAUAUGGAAAGAUGUAAUAAGCCUUGCAAAGACCCUCCAAAGAGAAACUCCUUUAAAAAGUUGCUCAACCUGAAAUUGUCCAUCUCUUUUACCAAAAACGACUUUCAAAAAUUUUGGUCCAAAAGUAGCCAACUUGGAGAUACCACAGCAGGCAGCCUUCCUGGUGGGGAGCAGAAAAGGUUGGAAAGUGAUUGCCAUGGCUUGUUAGCUGAAGACAAGAGAGGUAAACCAACCAAGGCAUAUUCUGCAGAUAACUACAGCCUGGAAUCUCAGAAAAAGAAGAAGUCUCGGGGCCAGAUCAGUGUGGCCAAUGGCCCGAGAGCUGAGUCUCUGGAUGACCAGAUACUCUCCAGGGAACCAUCCUCCCAGGUGACUUGGAAGGCUGAUACCUGUGGCUCCGCCCCAGAGUACGAGAAUGUACGUCAUUAUGAGGAAAUACCGGAGUACGAGAACCUGCCAUUUCAUACGGCUGUAGGGAAGACUCCAGAACCUGGAUGGCAGAAUUGCAGCAGCAUGGAGGACACUGAUGCAAAUGUGUAUGAAGUAGAAGAGCCAUAUGAAGCUCCAGAUGGCCAGCUGCAGCCUGGACUCGGACCUCAGCAUUCCAGCAGCCCCAGAGCAGCACAGGAGGGUCACUGUGAUCUCAAGCUCGGUCUUGGCGAUCUUCCCUCCGACGAGGAGGAAGUCAUUGACAGUUCUGAUGAAGAUGAAGUCAGCUCCGGGUCUAGUAAAGGAGAACCUGACCUGCUGGAGGAUAAACAGGCUGAAGAUACUGGAAUGAAAAGUAAAGUUCAUCAUAUUGCCAAGGAGAUUAUGAGCUCAGAGAAAGUGUUUGUGGAUGUAUUAAAACUUCUGCAUAUUGACUUCCGGGAUGCGGUAGCCCAUGCUUCUAGGCAACUAGGGAAAGCAGUGAUUGAAGACCGAAUUCUCAACCAGAUCCUAUACUACCUGCCACAGCUGUAUGAGCUCAACCGGGAUCUCCUGAAGGAGUUGGAGGAGAGAAUGUCGAACUGGACUGAACAACAAAGAAUAGCUGAUAUCUUUGUAAAGAAGGGACCAUAUCUAAAGAUGUAUUCCACAUACAUCAAAGAAUUUGAUAAGAAUAUAGCUUUGCUGGAUGAGCAGUGCAAAAAAAAUCCAGGUUUCGCUGCUGUUGUUAGAGAUUUUGAGAUGAGCCCACGCUGUGCCAGUCUGGCCCUCAAGCAUUACCUGCUCAAGCCCGUUCAGAGGAUCCCCCAGUACAGGCUGCUGCUGACAGAUUAUUUAAAGAACCUCUUAGAAGACUCCGGAGAUUAUAGAGACACUCAAGAUGCGCUUGCCGUAGUGAUAGAGGUAGCCAACCAUGCCAAUGACACCAUGAAACAAGGGGACAACUUCCAGAAACUUAUGCAAAUUCAGUAUAGUUUAAAUGGACACCAUGAAAUAGUGCAGCCUGGCCGGGUUUUUCUCAAAGAAGGAAUUCUGAUGAAGCUCUCUCGGAAAGUCAUGCAGCCCCGAAUGUUUUUCCUGUUUAAUGAUGCCUUGCUCUAUACAACACCAGUACAGUCUGGGAUGUACAAACUGAACAACAUGCUCUCAUUAGCUGGAAUGAAGGUCAGAAAACCCACCCAGGAAGCAUAUCAGAAUGAAUUAAAGAUUGAAAGUGUAGAACGAUCCUUCAUUCUCUCUGCCAGCUCUGCCACAGAGAGGGAUGAAUGGCUCGAAGCGAUUUCCAGGUCAAUAGAAGAGUAUGCCAAGAAAAGAAUCACCUUCUGUCCCAGCAGGAGUCUGGAUGAGGCUGACUCGGAAAGCAAGGAGGAAGUUACUCCCCUGGGAUCCAAGGCUCCCAUCUGGAUCCCUGAUACCAGAGCCACAAUGUGUAUGAUCUGCACAAGUGAAUUCACUCUGACUUGGAGACGCCACCACUGCCGGGCCUGCGGAAAGAUUGUAUGCCAAGCUUGUUCAUCAAAUAAGUAUGGCUUAGAUUAUUUGAAAAAUCAACCAGCAAGAGUAUGUGAACAUUGUUUCCAAGAACUUCAGAAAUUAGAUCACCAGCACUCCCCUAAGAUUGGAUUUCCUGGAAAUCACAAAUCUCCUUCAAGCACCUUAUCAUCAGUCUUACAUAGUAUUCCAUCAGGGAGGAAACAAAAAAAAAUUCCAGCUGCUCUCAAAGAAGUAUCAGCAAACACAGAAGAUUCUUCUAUGAGUGGCUACCUGUACAGAUCAAAGGGCAAUAAGAAAACUUGGAAACACUUGUGGUUUGUCAUAAAAAAUAAAAUUUUAUAUACGUAUGCUGCAAGUGAGGAUGUGGCAGCUUUGGAAAGUCAGCCUUUAUUAGGAUUCACUGUUAUGCAAGUGAAAGAUGAGCAUUCAGAAUCCAAAGUAUUUCAAUUACUACACAAAAACAUGCUAUUUUAUGUGUUCAAAGCAGACGAUGCACAGUCAGCUCAGAAGUGGAUAGAAGCAUUUCAGGAAGGCACAGUAUUGUAGCAGUGUUGGUUUCAUCUCUUCUUUGUUUCCAGAAAGGUGGAAUUUCAUCAGACUGAAAUAAAUAUGAUUCAGAAAUUAUGUAGAAAUGAACACUGCCAAGACAUAUCCAACCAGACUUUUCUUUGGAUAUCAGAAAAUAGUGGGUUUCGUCUUAAUGUUUGUUUUUCCAUGUAUGUUAUUUAUUAAACUGUUGAUGUUUACCUGGUGGUCAGAAUUAUUUCUGAGAUUCACACUGAAUUCUUAAGUAUCAUUUCUUUAGAGACUAGAAAUGUUAGUGCUGUACAGUAUUAACUAUUUGUGAUUCAGUCUACACUGUUGUUUUGCCUUACAUUUUAAUAUUUUCACUAGCAAUAUCUUGGUAAAUAAAAUCUAUAUCAUAAGGAGCAAAUUUCCCUGCAGUGCUUGGUUUUAGUCAUUGUGAUUGUAUUCAGACUGCUGAUGAAAAAAAUGCAUGUCUCUGAAUCAGUCAACUUAGAAAUUUGUUGCAUCUUUUAAUGGGAACAUGCAUGGCCAGUCUCUACCUCAGUAAAUGUGAAAUGAAAUUCCAGUGAAAUAACAAAGUAUUUCUACUGUUAUGUACCUCUUUUGGCAUGAGCACUAUGCCAUAAAAGAAUUAUACUAAGGGGGUAGAAUCUGAAUUUUUUCAAAGCUACCAGUUCAACACACAUAAGUAUAUAUAUAUAUAUAUUU